UGUCGUUAUUUAAACUGCUCUUCUGUGUCUCCCUCCCUCCCCUUCCUUCCCUUUCACUACCACUACCACCUGCUCCCUUCCUUCUUGACGAUACCCCCAUCGUCCUUACUUCUUCCUCGGCAUCCGUCUUAGCUCAACAACACACUCCCUCCCUGCACUCACCUGAGAAGCACAAGCACAGCAGAACUUUUAGUCAUACACGUUCAAGAUGCAGUUCAAGUUCUUCUCGCUCCUGUCCCUUUCGUUCGCCGCCACGGCGUUCGGCCAGGCAGUCCCCGACCUUGUCACUCUCCUGGGCGACACUUCGGAGCUGAGUGGUCUCUUGUCGCUUGUGUCGACCUUCCCCGAGAUUGUGAGUGCUCUCGGAGCGGCUGAGAACAUCACCGUCUUUGCUCCCGACAACAGGGCAUUCGAAACGUUCACCAAGAUGUACGAGGCUCGCAACAUCACGCGCGAGUCGGUGGCUGCGUUGCUUUCCUACCACGUCCUCAACGGAUCGUUCCCGUCGACUGUGCUCUCGAAAACCCCGGCGUUUGCUCCAACUUACUUGGGUGCCUUCGGAGAGUACCCUGACUUCAAGAACUUGACGCAGGGUGAUAGUCAGGUCGUCAAGGCGGUCAUCGAGGCUGACAAGCCGUACGUGUAUGGUGGUAUUGGAAUGAGGGUUUCGAUUUCGGAUACGGACGUUCGCUUCACCAACGGCAUCGUACACAUCAUCGACUCUCUCCUCGCCCCGCCGAUGAGCGUGUCCCUGACCGCCGAGGCUGCGAAUCUGACAGCUCUCACUAAUGCUCUCGUGGUGGCCGACCUCGUGAGCACCGUCAACCAUCUCAAUAGCAUCACCGUCUUCGCACCCACAGACGCCGCAUUCGAUGCGAUUGGUAGUGCCACCGCCAACCUGACCAAGGAGCAGCUUGGGGAGAUCCUCACUUACCACGUCGUCCCGUCUCGUGCCUUCUCGACCGACCUUGAGGACGGAAUGGAGGUUGAGACCGUCAACGGCAACAAGCUCACCAUCACUAUCGAAGGUGCUGAUGUCUACGUCAACGGUGCCAAGGUACUCAUGGCUGAUGUGAUUACCAACAAUGGCGUUGUUCACGUUAUCGACAACGUCCUGAACCCCAACAACACCGAUGACAAGCCCGGUAACGGCACCGCUACCGAUGAGCCCGCCUUCCCUGGCGCCACCCCUACCGGCUCAGCCACCACCUCGGGAGCCCUGGCGACUGCUACCGGAAGCGCCGGCAAGAUGGGUAUGAGCUCUAUGCUCGUGGUCCUCAUCGCCGGUGCGUUCGCGAUCGGUAUGAUGGCUUAGGCUCGGAUCUGUACACUUUACUUUCAUUUCGUUCCUGUAAUUGAAACGUGUUGAUACCUUUGUUCUCGUUUGCUUCUUUUUCUUUGCUUUAAUGAGGUUGAAAAGGCGGGGAUGGAGAGUGGGGGUGUCGUUUACGGUGGUGUACAGUGGCGUCUUUUGUCUUUUGUCUUGGCGGGCCAUUGAUUGUGGUGACUUGCUGCGAUACGAAACGGAAUAAUGAUGAAUCUCCGUUUUUUUACAAUGACGAGUGUUGGGUGGUGGUUGAGCGAGUGAAACGUCAUGACCGGG